GAAAUAGCAAGAUUUGAAGAAAUUGAUCAUAAUAUGAGAAUCAUGGCCGGAAGCAAAGGAAGAACCGUUCAGAAUGAAACCGCGGCUUUGGGACCGAAAGUGUUUGGAUCAAUUGAGCAAGUUCGACAUGACCGCUACAAUGAGUCUCUCAAACUUCCGGCAAUGAAUGGUCUGGCGGCUUUGCAACAAUGCGCAUCUUGUCACUUUACCAGCAUCACAUGUCCUCACACGGAGAAACACCUUGAACGGGAAAUUAUACAAGGAAGAUCCGUAAUAUUCGCAUGGGAGUUGGCAAACGAACCACAAAUAGUUUGGAGAAAGAUUGUCAGGACAUGGAUCGAAGAAAGUGCAAGGGUAAUCAAGGAUCUGGAUGCAAAUCACUUGGUGACGACAGGAGCCGAAGGGAAGAAUGAAAAGGAUUGGAAAUGCGCAAGUGCAGCGAUAUUG